AUGCUAUUUUUUGCGCCUUUAAUUAUCUUGCAAAUGGAAUGUGCUAGUCAAAAGAAGCAAAUGUAUAAAAUAACAAAUUCGAUGCGUAGCUCUGCAUUACCAGUGCUUCAAGAAUCACCACGACCACAACCACAAUCACUGCAACCACCACCACAACCAGAAGCACCACAACUACCACCAGUAGCACCAAUUUAUGCGAAACACUCAUUAGCUACAUCAAAUCAAGAAACACAAACACCUAUCGCUACGAUUCCAAUUGAAUGUUCACCAUCCGCCGAGUUAAGAGCUGAUAAUAAGAAAAGUAUUUCGAAGGAGAGUAUAGAACCAGAACAGUCACCAGAAAAGGAAAAAGAUGCUGGUACUACAAAUGGAAAAGGAGGAGGAGAAGGAAGAGAGGGAGGUAAUAGUACUGUCGGUAUUGAUGAAAAAGGAGGGAGGAAAGAUGAUGGAUUCGACGAAUGUCCCGAUCUAACUCCCGAUAUUCUCAAAAAUAUCAUCAAUGAUAAUUGUUAA